AUGUCUCACCGAAUCCGUUUCUUCUUUGACGCCCAUUGUGUCAACUCUUGGAUCGGUUUCAAAACCCUUCAAACAUUUCAAUCAAGCGGAUUUUUUAUCGAUUGCAUCCCCGUUCUUAACAAGCGAUUGUUGUACAAAAGAAGACAAAAAGAAGCGAAUGCAAAGUUUACUUACAUUGAUCCCGAUGACAUCGUGCACGGAGUCUACAAGAAAGUUGCCUCAAAUCCAUUGAAGAUUCCGAUUCCAGAGGAUUAUGAAAGGAUUCAAGGAGAGGCUAUCCAGCAACGAUCAUCCGCUGCAGCGAUGUUCCUAACGAGUCUCAAGAUGAGUUACCCAGAUCGUUUCAUGGAAGGGGUUGAGUCGAUCGGGGAGCAUGUUUGGGUUAAGCGAUCGCACGUGUUUAGGGGAUUUCAGAUCUUUCGUUUGGCCGAACAAAUGGGCUUCGAACAUCGUCAAUGCGAUUCUUUGGUGACAAGUUUAUGCGAUUAUCGAGUAAACGAUGUGCUGAACAAAUCAAUCGGAGAAGCCUUUCAACAUGGAGCCAAAUCAGCCCCAUUCUACUUGAUCAAAAAUGGAGAUGACGAAGAAAAAGCUAACGAUAUCGAGGAAGCGAUGCGAAUAAUUGAUAAACUUAUCCCU